GUUCACAUAAGUCUGUCCCAAUGUUGCAUCAUUCACAGAAAAAUACAAUGCCUGGCCAAAAAAAGACGCCAACUGGAUUUAACUAACCAAAUAGAAUCUUUGAAGUGACAAUGGCACCAAACCUUGCACCAGUUGGAGGCAUCACUCUUUUUCUGGGCUUAGGCCUAGGCCUCAUAUACCAGUUAUACCAGGUCAUGAAGCAGCAGGAGAAUCCUCACAGGCAGGAAACAACGAGGACAGGUCAGAAUAAAGCUAAAAAUGUUAAACUCUCUGCGUAUGAACAGCGCAUUGACGCUCACCGGGUUGACCCACAGACCAUACAGAUCACAUGGAGGGAUAUCGCAGGUCUGGAGGAGGUGAUCAAUGAGCUAAAGGAGAAAAUGAUCUUCCCCAUUCGGAACAGACAUCUGUUCAGGGAAUCCAGGCUGCUGCAGCCACCCAAAGGUGUGCUGCUGUAUGGACCCCCAGGAUGUGGUAAAACACUCAUUGCCAAGGCGACAGCAAAAGAGGCAGGCUUUGCUUUCAUCAACUUGAAGCCGAGCACGCUGACAGACAAAUGGUACGGAGAGUCCCAGAAACUGACAGCUGCUGUGUUCUCACUGGCCUCCAAGCUAGGCCCAACAAUCAUCUUCAUUGACGAGAUAGACUCAUUUCUGAGGAAUCGAUCCAGCAGAGAUCAUGAAGUCACAGCUAUGAUGAAGGCUCAGUUUAUGAGUUUGUGGGAUGGACUCGAAACAGACCACCAGUGCCAGGUGAUCAUUAUGGGAGCCACCAAUCGUCCUGAGGACAUAGACCCUGCCAUCUUGAGGAGGAUGCCCACCAAGAUCCACAUCAAACUGCCUAACUUUGAGCAGCGCGAGCAGAUACUCAGACUGAUCCUGGAAAACGAGAUGGUGGAUCCACUGAUUAACCUCAGCCACAUCGCCGGGGAAACUGAGGGUUUCUCAGGAAGUGACCUUAAAGAGAUUUGUCGUGAGGCAGCACUGCUGUGUGUCCAAGACAUCAUCCAUUCUGACACCCUUUCAAAUGUCCGGAUCCGUCCAAUUAGUCAGAAUGACCUCCAGAAAGCUACAAGGAAGAUGAAGAAGUCCAAGAUUCCUGGUGGCCACGGCACAAUUUUUUCAGAUGACCCUAUUCGUCAGAUUAAUCAGGAUGACCUCCAGUCCAACACCGCGGGAAGAUAUAGCAUGCUGCCGUUGUACAUAUUUUUAUUCAUAGUCAUUAUUUUAAUUUUUAGGUCUGAUAAGAGUCUGUGCACACUUGGCUACCAUGAGAUGAGCGGAAGCAGCCCCAACGUUAUAAUUUCCAUUAUAGCUGUAGAAACCAGACUGUCUUCUCUUCAGCAGGAUGUUCAGGUGAAGCUUGGAGAUGACGUCACUCUUCAAUGUCAGAUUUCCACAGAUGAAAUAAUCUCAGUGCUGAAGUGGAGCAGAGCUGACCUGAACACAGACGGCUACGUCUACUUCUACAGGAACAAACGCUCCUAUGAAAACUACCAACAUCCAUCUUUUCAUGGCCGAGUGAAGCUGAGGGACCCGGAGAUGAAGGAUGGAGACGUUUCUCUGAUCCUGAAGAAUGUUACGUUUAAUGAUGCUGGGAUUUAUGAGUGUCACAUAGCAGUGAGGAAGGCUGGGAGAUAA